AUGUACGGCGGAAUGCGGUGCAUGCGGAGCGCUAGCAAGCCUGCCGGAGUUGGUCGGGGCGCUGACCGGGCUGGCGAGCCUGGGCCUGAGCGGGUGCGAGGCGCUGCAGGGCCUGCCGUGGUCGCUCGGGCGGCUGACGGGGCUCACAAGCCUGGACCUGAGCAGGUGCGGAGCGCUGCAGAGCCUGCCGGAGUCGGUCGGGCGGCUGACGGGGCCCACGAGCCUCGACCUGGGCGAGUGCGCAGCGCUGUGGAGCCUGCCGGAGUCGGUUGGGCGGCUCGCGGGGCUGACGAGCCUGGAUCUGAGCGGGUGUGGGGCGCUCCAGGGAGCGAGUCAACAUUGGUGGGCCGCAGCAAAAGGCGACGAAGGGGGCAGUGCAACCUGGGCUACUGCUACGAAAAGGGCAGGGGCGUGGAGAAGGACGAGGCGCACGCCGCCGAGCUGUACACGAAGGCCGCCGACCAGGGCCACGCGAGGGGGGAGUGCAACCUGGGCGUGUGCUACGAGAACGGCACGGGCGCCGCCGAUGAGGGUGACGCGAGGGGGCAGUGCUACCUCGGCCUGUGCUAUUGGUUCGGCAAGGGCGUGGAGAAGGACGAGGCGCGCGCCGCCGAGCUGUUCGCGAAGGCCGCCGAGCAGGGCAACGCGACGGCGCAGCGCUACCUGGGCAUGUGCUACCAAACCGGCACAGGCGUGGAGAGGGACGAGGCGCGCGCCGCGGAGCUGUACGCGAAGGCCGCCGAGCAAGGCAACGCGUGGGCGCAAUACAAAUUGGGCGAAUGCUAUGCUGACGGCAGGGGGGUCGAGAAGGACGGGGCGAUAGCGGUCAAGUGGAUGCGAACGGCUGCUGAGCAAGGGGACCCCGGCAUUAAGGCCAAUUUGGCGGAGUACUUGAUGGAGGGUCUAGGAGGUGCACCGAACUGGGUCGAGGCGUUGCGAUUAUUCGAAUCUUCGUUGAGUUUCAACGCACCCUCAAAACUCACGUCAGCUUGGAUGCUCUGGGUCGGCCAAAAUGGCGUUAAACAGGAUAGGCUGAAGGCAAGGACAAUGUGCGAGGAAGUCUCCACGACGGAGGAUCUGGAAGACCAACUCAGGGGUUGGAAACCAGUCGGCUGGACUUGGCCAGCUGCAUUGAAGUGGUUCCAAAGCGAAGCUUGGCGCGCUGACGAUCUGUCCGGCGAGGCCGUCGAGUCGGGCGGAGGAGAGGGGGGACUGCGUCAAGAAGAAACGGAAACGGAGGAGAAUCCCCCCACCCUAGACCUGCGCCCCUUGGAGAGGGCGCUCUGGCCGAAACAUCUGGACAUGCCGAGAUUGCGGGAGAGUCACACGAAAACCCCGCUGCGGUGGUCUCCUCCUCGGAAGAUCCACAUCUCCGACUACGUUCGCGAAAUGAAGGGGAACAUCACCUGCGCUGCCUGUUCCGGGGGCUUGAUCGCCAAAAGAGGUGCUCUCAAGGUCCACCACUACGCUCAUCAGGUGGCAUGCACCGCCUACGCCACGUCCACCGAGCCCAUGACGUCUUGGCACGCCGCAUGGCAGGAGAUCUGCCUACCGCAGCACGUCGAAGUACCCGUGGAGGCGACCAUCGCAGGACGGGCCGUCCGAUGCAUCGCGGACAUCCGUUGUUCGAACGGCACGGUCGUCGAGGUCCAGCACAGCGCCAUCUCGUCGACCGAGAUGCUCAAGAGAGAGACCGUGCACGACGACAUGAUCUGGGUAGUCGACUGCAGAACACCUCGGUCGUGCAAGAGCGAGGAGUGCCGAGACGAGGCGUGCGACGGCCGGCACAUACCGGUGGUGGAGCGAGUCGCGGGCGAUCUGACCAACAGGCCUCCAGCUCCUGCCACGUCAGAGUUCGCCAUCUUCUCCAUCGAGGUCAGGGGCCUGAGCUUCCCGUUCGCAUCGAAUCGCACCGUGGUCUUCGACACCGCACAAGGCCUCUUCUCGCUGCGACGCCGUCUCGGCCGCAGGGCGUUCCUAGGUGCCAAGGUGGACUCCCGUCGGUUCUUCGAGACGUACCUCAGUGCCAUCAGCGCCUCGAGUACGGACGAACUGGUGGCACGAUACGCGGCGACGUGCGUGGCGUCUGAUCCUACUGGGGUCGAGAAGACUCAGUUCAAGAGAUGGGGCUUUGUCUGGCAACCCGGCAAGUGCUCAUGGCGGCCUGUAAGCACGCCCGUCGAGCGGGCACCGGAACCUCCACCGGAGGAAGAGUGCUUCAGAGCAGCACUGUCUCCUUCGGAACCGUCGCGGAACCUUGACGACGCGGAGAGAGGCCCGAGGCUCCACACCGAGCCUAAAAGCCCGAUCACCUUCACCAAAGAAGACAAUCCUUCGAGCGUAAACCCUCUACCGGCUGGCGCAUCGGAAGAUACGUACUGGUCAUGGGCGGCCACGGAAGCGAAAAAGGGGACCACAUGGACGUCGAUCUUUUUCGGCCACCACGAGUCUGCCCCUCCGUGUCCAAUCUCAGCUCCUUGGGAAUCGGAGACCAUGAAAAAGAUUUCCAAGGAGGUUUUAGGGGCACAAGCUAUCAACCAGACCGCCCCGCGGACAGCGCAGCCUCAAGUCGACCGUGCGGAGUGGUGGAAGGGAGCAAGACCCGAAGAUAUGGAGAGUGCAAAAAGGAAGCGAACCGGCAACAAGGGGGCGUUACCCAGUAAGCGGUCGGCUAUAGCCACCAUACAAGACAAGGUGGCCUUCCUCAACCAGGAGAAACCGUACAUACAGCGUGCAAGAGAUCUGAGGCGGGCCAAGAAGUAG